AUAUUUUUUUUUGUAGGGCCUGGCUAAUGCAAUUACCAGAGUCUUCCCUAACUCUGAGCACAGGAACUGUGCAUGCCAUAUUCAUGGUAAUUGGAGCAAAGCACAUCGAGGGAUGAAUCUGAAGAAGUUGUUUUGGCAGUGUGCGAAGUCAACAUGUGAACCUCAGUUGGAAGCUAAUUUAGCUGAGCUAGAUAAGGCUGAUGCUCAAGCAGGUAUUGACUUACGCAAACACCCAUUCAAGUUAUGGUGUAAAGCUUUCUUUAGGGAUGCAGUGAAGUGUGACACAGUUGAGAACAACCUGUCUGAGGCCUUCAAUAGCACACUUCUAAAAGCAAGAUCCAAGCCUUUGAUCCCAAUGCUUGAGGACAUUCGUGUUGCAACAAUGAAAAGGAUAGCCAAGAAGAGAAAAUAUGUUCUGAAAUGGCCAGGUUCAUUUGGUCCAAUAAUAAUGAAGAAGCUGAAUACUAAUAUUCUAGCAAGUCAAGGAUGGAAUGUGGAUUUCAAUGGUGAUGAUGGAUAUGAAAUCAAGAAAGGAAGAGGGCAAUUCAAAGUCAGUCUUAAGAAGAGAUCAUGUUCUUGUAGAAGGUGGGAUCUCAGUGGUAUCCCUUGUGCCCAUGCCAUUUGUGCCAUCUAUGACAAGGGGGAGGAGGCAGAAGCAUACGUUGACCACUGUUACAGUAAGGAGAUGUACCAGAAAACUUACUCCUACACAUUGCAUCCUAUCAAUGGGGAGCUGUUAUGGCCGAGAACCCAGCAUGAAGAGAUCUUACCGCCUUUUCCAAAGAAGAUGAGUGGCAGACCCAAAAAGAAGCGUGUAAGGGAACAAAGUGAAGCACGUCCACCCAGUUCUUCACAACUCUCAAGAAAAGGGCGCAUCAUGACUUGCUCAUUGUGCGGAGGAGAAGGCCACAACAAGAAAUCAUGUUCUACUACUGCAGGUACAGUGACUCCAAGUGCAAGAGGCAGACGCCCAAGAGGAGGAAGAGGGAAGAGGGGGGGCAAUACAAGCAGAAGGCAAUCAGGGGUUGGUGUGUAUGUCGAUGAAGCUACUGGUGAAACCAUUCUGGAACCUGGAGAGACAGUGAUUGGAGAACAACAGGAGGGAUUGCUUUAAUGAACAUUUAUGGAAGUAGUUUUUUGUCAUUAGGUGGAUGUAAUGAUAAUGUACUAUAUUGGGAUUGCUUUUGGUGUAUGGAUGUAUGGCCGAGGUUCGAACUACCUUUUUUUGUGAUGACCAUUGAUGGGGUCAUUUAUUGCAUUAUUGUAGUUCAACGGGUACUAUGCAUUAUUGCUGAAGAAAGAUUGCUUUUGAACUAUUGACAGUAAUAUAUGUGAGUUGCUCUUGAAUUUCAUCGGUGUACUACACCUUAUUGUCCAUACUUGAAUGUCAGUUGUAUAUGAAAUAAUAGAUGAUCUUAUCUUUGUGGUUUUAAGUGUAUAUUUUGAAGUUUUAAUAGUACACAUAUUCUAAGUGUAUACAGGUAUAUGAAAUGCCACACAACAUACACAAUGAAUACAUUCCAGGAAUCUAGAUUCUUGACAAUACAAAAGUACCUAAGAUGAAAACGUGUGGAAAACUUGUUCAAACAUAGAUACCAUAUGACACUACAUUCCACUUUCCAUGACAAUAAACUGGUGGUGAACUUUUUCAAACAUAGAUACCAUUACAUCCGAGACAAUUCAACUAUGAUAGCUUGAAUACAUAUUUGUUGCAAAGCACAGAAAUACAGCCAACCCUAUGACAACGAGCUUCCUGCACCUCUUUCUGGCCUUAACCUCAUUCUCAAGAACGGUUUUUAUAGUGGUUACAUCUGCUUGAACAUGGCUUAAGCGUUGGACAACACCUUCAACCAUGGUCUUUACUUCAUCAAACUUAUCUCUCUUUUGGCCAGGCCUGAUCAUGUCUUCUCUUCCUA